CCGAAUAAUGGCAAUGGUCCGACUUCCUCGUCCAGCUCGGUCGGUUCCGCAGGAGUUGGACAAAUGGAGAGCAGUGCACCAAAUUAUGCGAAACUAAUUCAAGCUGUUUUGGACACGAAGAAAGCCGCUCUUUUGAGAUCUCCCGAAGUGGUUGCUCAUUUACAGCGACAGCAACGCACAUUAGCAGAGUACAAACGUCAGACUGAAUUGUUCUGUGCGGAUAUGAGAAAGUGA